AUAAUAAGAUAUCUGGCUUCUUACAUAAUAUCUUUGAUGACAUGAUCAAGUUGACCAAAAUUAAUGUUUCAUCUAACUCCCUUUCAGGUCAAAUUUCACAAUUCCGUGAUAACAAUCAGCUGGUAUCGGUAGAUCUCUCUAAUAACGGGUUCUCAGGGAAGAUACCAUCAUUUGAACGAAAUACCAAAUUGGUUUACUUAAAUCUUUCAAUGAAUCUGUUCUCAGAAAUGAAAAGCUUUAGCAGGAAUAUCAAUUUAGAAACUCUAGAUGUUUCAUCAAAUAAAAUAACUAUUGGUGGUGACGUCCAAACUUUCGAAAAUAAUAUUAGACUAUCGAUAUUAAAUAUGUCACAAAAUGGAUUUAUUAGAGUUUCAGAAAUUAAUGCUCCUAAUUUAUUGAAAUUGGAUAUAUCGUCUUGUCAAUUAAAUAAUAUAACAAAUUUUGAGCUUAAAAAAUUGGAAUACCUAAACCUUUCACAUAACAGAUUAAAUCAGGAAGUCCCAGACACUAAGGAAUUACCUAAAUUAUCGGAAUUGUAUCUUCACCAUAAUCAAUUGACGGGUGAAUUAUCUUCUUUCAAAUUUAAUUCUGAAUUGUCUAAAUUGAUAUUUCAUAUAAUAGAUUAUCAGGCGAGAUUCCACAAUUCUAUAGAAAUCUUAAGUUGUCAAAACUGUACGUUUAAAUCGAACAUAUCCAUGUUAUUUAUAAACCUUUCAAAUAAUCAGCUAUCAGAUAAUAUUCCAUCGUUUAUCAGGCAUGAGAAGUUGGUAAUGCUAGAUCUCUCAUAUAACAAAUUAUCCGGCCAAUUCCCAGUUAUUAAUAUAAAUAUAAGAGAAUUACGUUUGAAUGGUAAUGCUGAUCUUAGAUACAGCUGUAAAGAAGAUAUUCUUAGAGAUACUUAUUUAAAUCAUCAUGUUUGUGAUUUGGGAACUAUUGUUAUUAUUUCAGAUACGAAUGCAGAAUGCGCAAAAAAUGUUAAUGUUACCUGUAAAGCCAAUUUGCUAUCAGGCACAGAACCUGUAUACUAUAUUGGUAUACUUCAAAUACUGGUUGUGGCAACAGGAUUGAUGCUUAUUUAUUAAAUUAUAUGCAUUACUUAAU